GGGUUUUUUUGCUGCCUAUUUUUUAACCAACUGUUUCACCGUCGUUGAUCAAGACAGUUAACAAGUGAAUUCUGCAAAAAAUGAAGCAAUCAGCAAUACUACAAUCCGGUGAUGAUCAUCAUCCCCAGCAGCCUCGCAAGAUUUGCGACAAAAAUGCCUUAAUGUUGCGGCCUCCAAGCGAUGAACAACAACAACAUUUGAGGGUCGGAAGAAGGGAUUGUGUGAGCUGUUUGUUUAAUCAUCCCUCCUACUCAUCACUUACUAAUCUCUCUCUGUAUUCGACCAAAGAUCAUCAUGCUUUUCUAAACCCUGGAGCUGCCGCCAAAGUAACUCCGAUCAUACAUUUCCAACGACAGUACAUUUAUACCCUCGCCCAUGAAACCUUUGGUCCCCAUCACAAAUUAGUGGCAAAGGAAAUAAAUCUCACUCCUCAAUCUGCAAUUCUUCCCUAUUAUAACAAAGGACAAGAAAAUUCUUGCGUUUUAUCCUUGGGCUCUACUGGGAAAGGCAAGGAAGCCAUUGUGGCUUCUCCCAACAACUUUCUAGUGCAACUAUCUGGUGGUGGAGGUUUGGGUGUUACAGACAACGACAACAUUAAUAAUAAUGUUCCCAGAAAAAACAAACGAAAGAGGAGCAGGCCGUAUUCUCAUCCUAAGAUGUCUGUGUAUUCUUUCCCUACAAAUGUUAAGAACUUGCUAUCCACUGGCAUCUUCGAAGGCAUUCCUGUGAAGUAUGUUUCCUGGUCCAGAGGGAAUAGUCUUAAAGGAAUCAUAAAAGGGACCAAUUACCUCUGCUCAUGUGAACGCUGCAAAAUGAACAAGGCAGUGAAUGCUUAUGAGUUCGAGAAGCAUGCUGGGUGUGACACAAAACACCCAAAUAAUCAUAUCUACUUUCCUUCUGGGAAGUCCCUUUAUUCGGUAGUGCAGGAGCUGAAGGCCAUUGUUGAGAAUGAUUUGCUGUUUGAGGCCAUUAGAACUGCCAGUGGAACACCCAUUAACAUCAAGAACUUCCAGGCCUGGAAAGCCUUAUAUGAAUCUCCUAGCAACUCCUUUGGGGCAAAUCCAAUGAACUACUGAUGAUGAUGAUGAUUCGCUGGGCAUCAAAAUGCAAGGCUGCAGGAAAACUAUAUAUGUUAUUUGUAGCUUUUGAGUUUCAUACUUUAAUUGGACUUUACUAUUCUCUUGUUGAA